AUGGCGGGUUUAAGACCCAUCACCUCAAUAUCACAAACAUCUUCUGCGCAACUUUUUACCUCGCGUUUAUUAUUACUUCUAACUCUUCUUCCAUUAACUCUUGCCUGCUUUGCAUUUAUUCUUCAAUGGCGGGGCGGAUUGACCGACCCGACUACCCGGUGGUCCCCUGAUCACCAUGAGUUUCCCGGAAUGGAAAUUGUCAGUGGUUCGACUAAGGAUACGGUUAGGAAUUCGGGUUCGGGGUGUACGGAUCUUCUGGGUCAGAGUCAUUCCGUUUCCUUUCCUUAUUUUCGUGGUUGGAAAUUCGGGUUCGGGUCGGAUCUGAAACCCAAGAUAUGUAUAACGACAAGCACCUCUGCUGGCUUAGAACAGACUUUACCAUGGAUAUUUUAUCACAAGGUUAUGGGAGUCUCGAAUUUUUUUCUUUUUGUGGAGGGUAAAGCUGCCUCCAUCGAUGUAUCUAAAGUUUUGGAAACGAUUUCGGGAGUGAAAGUUAUAUACAGAACAAAAGAAUUAGAGGAACAACAAGCUAAAAGUCGGAUCUGGAAUGAGACCUGGUUGUCAAGCUUCUUCUACAAACCAUGUAAUUAUGAGUUAUUUGUGAAGCAAUCCCUCAAUAUGGAAAUGGCUAUUGUCAUGGCAAGGGAGGCUGGGAUGGACUGGAUUAUCCAUCUUGACACCGAUGAGCUAAUUCAUCCUGCAGCAGCUCGUGAAUAUUCCUUGAGACAGUUGCUGUCAGAUGUGCCUGGAAAUGUUGAUACAGUUAUCUUUCCAAAUUACGAGAGCAGUGUUGAGCGAGAUGAUAUCAAGGAACCUUUUAGUGAGGUCUCAAUGUUCAAGAAGAAUUAUGACCAUCUUCCCAAAGAUACAUACUUCGGCAAUUAUAAGGAAGCAACUCGUGGUAAUCCAAACUAUUUUUUGACAUACGGGAAUGGGAAAUCUGCUGCUCGUGUUCAAGAUCAUCUCCGUCCUAAUGGCGCACACAGAUGGCACAACUACAUGAAAACACCCAAUGAGGUUAAACUGGAGGAGGCUGCUGUUCUGCAUUACACAUACCCUAAAUUUUCUGAUCUGACUUCAAGACGUGAUCGUUGUGGAUGCAAGCCUACAAAGGAAGAUGUUAAAAGAUGCUUCAUGUUGGAAUUUGACAGAGCUGCAUUCAUAAUUGCUUCAACAGCAACAGAGGAGGAAAUGCUUCACUGGUACCGGGAACGGAUUGUGUGGACUGACAAAGCACUGAACCUGAAACUCUUGCGAAAGGGCAUCUUGACUCGCAUCUAUGCUCCCAUGGUCAUUGUUCAGGGACUUAGGGAAUCUGGUGUUUUCAGCUCUGUGAUAGCAUCGGCACAGAAGGAGGUCUUAUUAUCUGUUAAGAAUAGCAACUCUUCCAUGACAGCUGGAGUUAUUUCUUCAAGAAAGAUUGGUCACGGUGGAGAAUCUCAGGCCACUGCAAGAAGGGUCUUGCAAAUCCCUGACAAUGCUUCUAUCUUUUCAGCAAUUCCACCGCUAUCUCCUCCUGGCCUGGAAGAUAUUGGCAUAGAGAGGGCUCUUCCCGAUCAUUACCCAAGCGCUGGUGUACAUUUUGGUUUAGAUAGUAGGUUCUAUAGAGUUGGGGGUGUAGAGCGGGAUUCUGAUUACUUUCAUAUUCAUGAAUUUUGUCUUCUUGCUAGGCCAAGGAGCUUGAAGAUUGGACAGCUGGGUUCUUUGAGAUUCAGUGUGAUGGGUUCUAAACGAGGUGUCUUGAGUUUAUCUAAACCCGCUGCCUCUUCAAUUGUUGAUGACAAGAAAGAUAAGAAACUUAAGGGAACGAGUGGUGGUGAUUGUGAGAAUGCUGUUGUCGAGGAAAAUUAUCGGGAAGUCCAAUCAGUUGAAAUUCGAAGUAUCAAUGAUGAUCCAGCAAAAAUCGAGGUGAUGACAGUUCAGGAACUUAGGACGGCAUUGAGGAAAUUUGGAAUCCCUGCCAAAGGUCGUAAAGCUGAACUUGUAUCUGCUCUAAAGCAUUUCAUGGCCAAGAAGAUAGAUGGUGAUAGCUCUCAGGAAGUAGAAGGAUGUGUUACCUUUAAUUCUGUGGAAAAAAUUUCACUGCAAAAGAACACUAAACGUGCAUCUGAUGAAAGCUGUGUUAUAAGCAAUAACAAUGUUUCAGAGGUUUCUGGGUUUAAACAGAGUAAGAGAAGGAUGAAACAAUCCCCCAUCGAGGAUAAAACUGUCAAAGUUGGUACUGAAAUAGUCACUACAAAGAAGAAGCUUUCAAUUAAAACUGAUGAUCUAGUUACUUCGCCUCAAGCUGAACCCUGGACAGUUCUUGCACACAAAAAGCCACAGAAAGGGUGGAUUCCAUAUAACCCCAGAACCAUGAGGCCUACACCUCUAACUGAUGCAAACUUGGUGAAGCUAAUGUCUUGGAAUGUCAAUGGGUUAAGAGCAUUAUUGAAGGCAGAGGGAUUCUCUGCCCUUGAACUUGCCCGAAGGGAAAACUUUGACGUGUUGUGCAUGCAAGAGACUAAACUGCAGGCAAGUAUAUUGUUACAUAUAUGGUCGCAUGAGGAGAAGGAUGUUCCUUCCUUCAAACAAUGUCUGAUAGAUGGUUAUGAGAAUAGCUUCUGGACAUGUAGCAAUGCCAAACUUGGUUAUUCUGGGACUGCAAUUGUCUCUCGGAUAAAGCCCCUUUCAGUCCGUUAUGGUCUAGGCAUCCCAGACCAUGAUAGCGAGGGACGUGUUGUGACGGCAGAGUUUGAUUCAUUUUAUUUAGUAAAUACAUACGUUCCUAACUCUGGAGAUGGCUUGAAGAGAUUGGAGCUUGAAAAGUCAAAGCCUGUCAUUUUGACUGGCGAUCUGAAUUGUGCUCAUAAGGAGAUAGAUAUUUACGAUCCUGCUGUCAGUAAACAUGUUGGAUUCCCCAUUUUAGGUUAUGAGUUUCAAAUGCGUGUUGAGGGAAAUAAAAGAAGUGCUGGGUUUACAGAAGAAGAAAGACAAUCAUUUGGGUCAAACUUUUUGUCGAACGGAUUUGUAGAUACCUUCAGAAAGCAGCAUCCCGAUGUUGUCGGGUAUACCUACUGGGGUUAUCGACAUGGUGCACGGAAAACUAACAAAGGAUGGCGGCUUGACUACUUUCUUGUGUCAGAAUCCAUAGCAAACAAGGUUCAUGACUCCUACAUUGUCCCUGAUGUUAUUGGGAGUGAUCACUGUCCUAUUGGCCUUGUACUCAAGAUUUAG